GAAACAGAGAGAGCACUAGUGUACGUUUGUGAAUUUGUGUGGGUACCUUGAGAAUCUUAUGUUUCGCACACGGUGUUAAAUUACAUAGUGGCAGCUUUAAUACCGCUAGAGACACUCUUGAUUGGGAGUCUGGAUGAGGGAGAGUGAAGGGAGUAAAGAGGGGACUGGAAAGAGCCGUCUAGUCGGACAGGGAGUGCACAGGAACUUCUGCAGACUCGAGGACACGGAAUAUCCAGAAUCCUGAAUCCAAAGUUAGUAUACUACAGCCUGAAUGGUAACCAGAAGGAGAGAAGCCCCACCAGCAUCUACAGCGUGGCACUGGUCGAGGUGUCUCCACUGUCUCCUGAACCAGGCUGACUGGCAUUGCUGCAGCUAGCAACAAAAAGCACACCAUGGAGGUGCCACUUGUUAAUUUUGAGAACAUGGAUGAUGUUGGAAUCAAUUUGGGCGAUCCAAGCGACUCUGGGUACCCGACUUCGCCGACUUCAGAGGCUCCUGAUCACAACCUGUUAACCCACCGGCUCGCCUCUCCUCACCAGUCACCGCGUAGAGGGCGACGUCGACGUCAGUCUGGUCAGGACGGGUUGUCACCAUCAACUCCUCCAACUCUAACCUCUAAAGCAAACACCAGCAGUGGCAGCUUGAUUUCCAAUCUAAAGCUCCUGAUCAACAGCGAGUCGCCCACGGACAGCGUCUUCAGUAAGAUGCAGAAGGAUUAUUAUGAAACUGAGGAUCUGUUUGAAAAGCACUGCAUGGAAGAAAAAGACGAGAAAGUUGUCAUCAAUAUUUCGGGAAUGAUGUAUGAAACCCUCCUCAGUACCCUGAGUAAGUUUCCAGAGACUCUGCUGGGCGACCCGAUGAAGAGGAUAAAUUACUUUGACCCCAUGAGAAACGAGUACUUUUUUGACCGGAAUCGACCAUCUUUUGAUGGGAUUCUCUACUACUACCAGUCAGGAGGGAGACUCCGCAGGCCGGCCAAUGUUCCCCUGGAUGUUUUUGCAAACGAAAUAGUUUUCUAUGAAUUGGGUUACGAGGCAUUGGAGCAGUUUCGUGAGGAUGAGGGAUUUAUCAAAGAGCCCGAGGUACUUUUGCCCACCAACGAACUGCAGAGACAGUUUUGGCUCCUGUUUGAAUACCCAGAGAGCUCCAGUGCAGCCAAAUCUGUAGCCCUGGUCUCCGUGUUUGUCAUUGUGAUUUCCAUCUUCAUCUUCUGCCUGGAAACUCUGCCAGAGUUCAGAGACGACCAUGAAUUUCCUCCAGCGUUUACCCAAAUGAUCAACGGCUCUCAAGACAAAUCUGUUGCUCGUCCUCCCCCCAAGACCGCAAUGUCAUACAUCACAGAUCCGUUUUUCAUUGUGGAGACUGUUUGCAUUAUUUGGUUCUGCUUUGAGGUGUGUGUUCGGUUUCUGGUGUGUCCCAGCAAAAGUGAUUUCUUUAAUAACAUCAUGAACAUCAUUGACAUAGUGUCAAUAAUUCCCUAUUUUGUAACCCUGGGAACCGAGCUGGCUACAACACCUGACGAUGAUUUGAACUCAGGUCAGAACAUGUCCUUGGCAAUCCUCAGGAUCAUCCGACUAGUGAGAGUUUUCCGAAUUUUUAAGCUCUCCCGACACUCGAAGGGUCUUCAGAUUUUGGGUCAGACCUUAAAAGCCAGCAUGAGGGAACUGGGGUUGUUAAUCUUCUUCCUUUUCAUAGGAGUCAUCCUUUUCUCUAGUGCCAUCUACUUUGCAGAAGUGGAUGAGCCCCAAACGCAGUUCGUUAGCAUCCCUGACGGCUUCUGGUGGGCUGUGGUGUCCAUGACCACCGUCGGUUACGGAGACAUGUGCCCCAUCACCAUGGGAGGCAAAAUGGUCGGCACUCUCUGUGCCAUUGCUGGUGUCCUGACCAUUGCCUUGCCUGUCCCUGUCAUCGUCUCGAACUUUAACUAUUUUUACCACCGUGAGACCGAGCAGGAAGAGAAACAGGUGUUGGAUGCAGCUACAGAAGCGGCUCAGAAAAUGUCAGCAGCUAACAAAAAUGGAAGCAGCCUUUCACUGAACAAAAGUAACUGCACCUGGCAAAAUGAGAAAAAUGGCAUGCACCUUUAAGAGUAUGCGAUAGCAUGAGGGGCACAAAGAGUAAUUAGCAAAAAUCAAGCAUAUCUGUUAGCGAGGCACGCUCGGUUUCUUUCUCACCAUUUUUGUACUUCAAACUUAAAUAUUUUCAGUAUUACUAGGCGCUGUGUGGUGAGACGACUUUUAACACAAGUUGUCUGUCUGCAUGUAGAUGUGUCAAAGUGCAAUUAACAUAAACCAGCAACUACUGUUUCAGUCAGCUCGUGUGAACUAUUACGGACCAGCUUUAAGAAAAAUGUCACCCGUGCAUUUGGCGAACAUUUCACUUUGUACUGAACAUGCCAAGAAAAUGAGGUUGGUUUUAAAACAUUCAUCUGAUCUGUAUCAGAGGAACAAAUUUCUCCAGCAGAAAGAAAAUCAGUUUGGUGAUCAUAGCAUAAUACCGGGAGGUACAGUCAGAGCUCGUAUUACAUCGUAGCUCCGUGUUGGUCUACACUUCAUCGUAUUCAGCAAAAUCCAAAAGGGCCUUGUUGGGAUUUUCAAGGGCAGGCGAGUGUGUGCAGUGUAAGGUAAGCAGACAUCGGUAUACACACUGUCUUCUCAGCAAAUCUAUAGCUGCAGUUGCUCAGGCAGCAUCACCUCCAGUGUAACAAUCUAUGUGUGAUAAAUAGCUGGCACAGUAGCAUGUCUGCUAUUAAUCUUAUAGAAAGGCUGCACAUUAGAAAUCAAAGCUGAUAAUGUUGACUAAUUUGUGCAUGUAAUAGCUGCACGCAGCAGUUUCAGUGAUUAAUGGUGUCACAUGGUAUUUUUUUACUGUUUUAUUUUUUAUUGUUUGACAUCAAGUGAACAGAAGUAUUAGAUGUAAAUGAAUUAUCCCAACGUGUCUCUCUAAUAUGAAUUUUACUCUAAAAAUAUACCAAUUUAUUGCACUGAAGUCUUUUUUCCACGUAACCUUUGAAGACUUUGGGAGCUUUUACAUCUUCCAUGGUCGACAGGGAAAAAAUCAUUUGUCAGGGUGUACAGAAAUGUGAGAAAAGAUAUAUAAUUAUGUAAUGACUAAGAAAAAUGAAGGUCAAAAAACAUUUUUUUUUCAUUUAAACAUUAUUCCACUUGCCUUUAUCUCUUAUUUUUACUGCAUGACAUUGAGGAUGAACUGAAGCGUAACCCCUGUAAUCAAUAAGUCAGGGUUUGACAUAUGCAUUGAAGCUGAAUGUAAUAUUGUUCUCAAGUAAAGAUUGUUGUUUUCCACAUAAUUUAGAGCAG